AUGGCAUAUGAAUGUGCAAUCAUGCCAAUGAUGAAUCUGUAUGGGGGCAGACUUCAUAUGAUCCUCCCUCCCUCCCUUCUUCAUGGUAAGAAAAGAGGCAGAGGCAGACCCACUUCUUUAAGAAGAAGAGAACAUGAUGAACUGAGGGGUAAAAGAAAGAGGUCAACUUGUCCAUACAAGCUUAAGAAACAACAAACAACUAUAAGGUGUUCUAAAUGUCAUGAAACAUGUCACAAUGCUCUCAGAUGCAAAGUUACUGCACAAAACACAGAAGGACUAGGGAAUUCUAGUGAUGCACCACAACAACAGAAAGCAAAUGCAAAUGCCAAUAUCCCUAUCAGGAGGGAGAAGUUAAAGGUUACUAAGAAAAACACAGAUGGAGUUGGAAAAUCUUGUGAUGCACCACAACAACAACAUGCGGUUCAUGCAAAUGUCAAUAUUUGA